AUAAAAGUAAAUAUAAAUAGCGGCAAAAAUAAAUAUCACAUUAAAUUUCAAUUUUUUCAUGAGUUUUAAUUACUUGUGAAUAAAAUCAUGAAACUGUUGUUGAUUCAAUUUUUAUUGACUCUUUUAUCGGUCAAUUUAGUACUAGGACAAGGAGAUCCAACUACAGAGCUCAAGUUUACUAAUGUAACAAUCACUAACGUGCCAAAUCCAUAUUUUGGUGAUUGGAGCGCUGAAAUUCUUAGUCCUGGAGAUAUAGUUACUAUUAAAAGUCCAGUAAAAAAACUUAUACCUCUUGAUAUUAUGAUGAUGGGUGGAGUCAUGGAAUAUGAAGGAGUAGAAUUUGCAAACUUUGACAUUCUAGCAUGUGAUGCAUUUACAGAUAAGGCUUAUGGUGAAGAUAUACUUAAAAAUGGAAAACCUGAUGGUAAAUUUCCUAAUAGUUGCCCAGUUGCACCGGCUGACUAUUAUGAAAUUUAUAAAUAUAAAGUUCCAAAAGAAAAAUUACCACCGGGUGUACCAAACGGUAAAUUUUCUGGUGUGAUUACUGUGUAUGAGAAGGAUAAAGAUCCUGCUUAUGUGAAAAUAGAAUUCGAUGGAACAUUAUCACACAAAUUACCUGGAGUACCUGGAGGACUUGGAAUCGGCGGAUAAUUUUUAACUAUUUACUUUUUAUUUCUUUUAUGUUGACUAUGGCAAUAAGUUCUUUUAUAAAUUCAUAGUUCAGGCUAUUAGUUGUUAUAAUUAAAUAACUAACAUUAUUAUUAUA